AACUGUUUGGUUCUUGCAGUGGAUGUUUUGCAGGUCGCAGGCUGCUGUUGGCUCGGACCGUCUGCCUGCCCUGUGGAGGCUGCAGUCUGAGGAGGUCAACCUGUGGAUUAUAACCACACACACACAGACACACUUUCUCUCAACGUUGGACAACUGAAGAGGAGAGGAGGCCCGCUGGAACAAUGGCGAAGUACCACUGGCAGAGUCAAAAUGUGAAGCAAAGCGGCGUGGACGACAUGGUGCUGCUGUCCAAAAUCACUGAGGAUGCCAUUGUGGAAAACCUCAAGAAAAGAUACAUGGACGACUACAUCUUUACAUACAUCGGUCCCGUGCUGAUAUCAGUCAACCCAUUCAAACAGAUGCCCUAUUUCACUGACAGAGAGAUCGAACUCUACCAAGGAGCUGCCCAAUAUGAGAACCCCCCCCACAUCUACGCCUUGUCUGACUACAUGUACAGAAACAUGAUGAUCGAUGCAGAGAAUCAGUGUGUCAUCAUUAGCGGUGAGAGCGGUGCAGGAAAGACGGUGGCUGCCAAAUAUAUCAUGGGAUACAUUUCCAAAGUAUCUGGAGGAGGAUCCAAAGUUCAGCAUGUAAAAGACAUCAUCCUACAGUCAAAUCCUCUGCUGGAAGCCUUCGGUAACGCCAAGACCGUGCGCAACAACAACUCCAGUCGUUUUGGGAAAUACUUUGAGAUUCAGUUCAGCAGAGGAGGAGAGCCAGACGGCGGCAAAAUCUCAAACUUCCUGCUGGAGAAGUCGAGGGUGGUAAACCAGAAUGAAAACGAGAGGAACUUCCACAUUUACUAUCAGAUGAUAGAGGGCGCAAGCGCUCAGCAGAAAGAGGGCCUGGGCAUCAUGACGCCAGACUAUUACUACUACCUCAACCAGUCUGGGACCUACAAGGUGGACGGGACCAAUGACAGCAAAGACUUCCAAGAAACUAUGGAGGCCAUGCAGGUGAUUGGGAUCCCGGGCGACAUCCAGGCUCAGGUGCUGCAGAUUGUGGCAGGCAUCCUCCACCUGGGAAACAUCAGCUUUAUAGAGGCAGGCAACUAUGGGCAGGUGGAGAGCACAGACUUGCUUGCUUUCCCCGCCUAUCUGCUGGGCAUCGAUCCCAAUCGUCUGCAGGACAAGCUGAUCAGCCGUAAGUGGGACGGCAAGGGAGAGACCAUCAAAGUGACUCUGAACCAGGAGCAGGCCACCUACACACGAGAUGCCCUCGCCAAAGCCCUCUAUGCACGCCUCUUCGACUACCUGGUGGAGGCCAUAAAUAAAGCCAUUCAAAAACCAUAUGAAGAAUUCAGCACCGGAGUACUUGACAUUUAUGGCUUUGAGAUAUUCCAGAAAAACGGCUUUGAGCAGUUCUGUAUCAACUUUGUGAACGAGAAACUGCAACAGAUCUUUAUUGAACUGACUCUGAAGGCUGAGCAGGAAGAGUACGUUCAGGAGGGCAUCAAAUGGACUCCCAUUGACUACUUCAAUAACAAGAUUGUGUGCGACCUGAUUGAGAAUAAAUUGAACCCUCCAGGCAUAAUGAGCGUGCUGGAUGACGUGUGUGCCACCAUGCACGCCAAAGGAGAGGGUGCAGAUGGCACUCUGCUGCAGAAACUGCAGGCCGCUGUGGGAACGCACGAACAUUUCAACAGCUGGAACUCUGGUUUCGUUGUACAUCACUAUGCUGGAAAGGUGUCGUACGAUAUCAAAGGCUUCUGUGAAAGGAACCGGGAUGUGCUUUUCCCGGACCUCAUCGAGCUCAUGCAAAGCAGUGAAUAUCACUUCAUCUGUAGCUUGUUCCCUGAAAAACUCAACACAGAUAAGAAAAGCAGGCCGACCACAGCCAGCUCAAAGAUCAAGAAACAAGCCAAUGAUCUGGUGAAAACGCUGAUGAAAUGUACUCCACACUAUAUCCGCUGCAUCAAACCCAAUGAGACAAAAAGACCGAAAGACUGGGAGGAGAGCAGGGCGAGGCAUCAGGUUGAAUAUCUCGGACUUCGGGAAAACAUUCGUGUAAGAAGGGCUGGAUUCGCGUACCGCAGACCCUUCAAUAAGUUUCUGAUGAGGUAUGCCAUUCUGACAGCGGAGACGUGGCCAGGUUGGAAGGGUCCUGAGCAGCAGGGGGUCCUUCACCUCCUCCGCUCUGUCCAUAUGGAUACUGACCAAUACCAGAUGGGCCGCAACAAGGUCUUUGUGAAGAACCCUGAAUCGCUUUUCCUGCUAGAGGAGAUGAGGGAGAGGAAGUUUGACACUUUUGCCAGGAUCAUUCAGAAAUCCUGGAGGAGAUUCAUUGCCAGGAAGAAGUAUGAGCAGAUGAGAGAGGAGGCUUCAGACAUCCUGUACAACUCGAAGGAGCGAAGGAGGAACAGCAUCAACAGAAACUUUGUCGGAGACUACCUCGGCCUGGAGCAGAGGCCUGAGCUGCGGCAGUUCCUCGCCAAGAGGGAGCGUGUUGACUUCGCCGACUCUGUCAACAAGUUUGAUCGCAGAUUCAAGUCUAUCAAGAGAGACUUGAUCUUGACCCCAAAGGGCAUCUAUCUGAUUGGUCGAGAGAAAGUGAAGAAAGGACCCGAGAAGGGGCAGAUAAAGGAGGUGCUGAAACGAAAGCUGGAGUUUGGGAGCAUCAGUGGUGUGUCUCUCAGUACGAGACAGGAUGAUUUCUUCAUCCUACAUGAGGCCCAGUACGACAGUCUGCUGGAGUCCAACUUUAAGACGGAGUUCCUUAGUCUGCUUUCCAAACGCUACGAGGACGUCACCAAGAGAAAACUGACUAUCUCCUUCACCGACAGGUUGGAGUUCAGAGUGAAGAAGGAGGGCUGGGGUGGAGGAGGCUCCAGGAUGGUGGUGUUCCUUAGUGGCCAAGGGGACUUGGCUCAGAUCAAACCCGGUGGGAAGACACUCACCAUCACAGUAGGGGACGGUCUGCCAAAGUCUUCCAAGCCAACCAGAAAGACUGCCCCACAGUCUCGGGGUGGUGGAGGGAGAAAUAAUGGUGGCAACAGAGGGCACCAGAAUGGAGCAGCCAAGUUUUCCAGAGCCCCUCAGAGCCAACCAUCCGAAAUCACGUACUCUGCCCCGCACAAACAUGGCCGUCCACCCAGCACAGCACCACCCAAACUGGGCUCCCAGAGGGCCCCUCGAGUCCCAGUCCACAACCAGCACAACCAGGGCAACAUGGACUUCCUCAAUGUGCCUGAUCAGGGCAUGUCAGGGAAGCAGAGGAAGAGGAGCAUCAGUCAGCGACCUCCUCCUGCUCCUAAACCACAGCCGCGGCCCCAGGGGCCUCGCUGCCGGGCGAUUUACCAGUACACCGGCCAGGACACAGACGAGAUCAGCUUUGAGGUCAAUGACGUGUUCGACCUCGUCAAAGAAGAUGCAUCAGGCUGGUGGACGGGCAGGCAUCAAGGAAGGGAAGGUCUCUUCCCUGGUAAUUAUGUGGAAAAGAUCUGAAAAGGACUUGAUCUGUCUUUGGAGAAAUGUGUGUAUUUUGUUUAAAAACAGCACAUUUGUUUGCUUAAAAAACUGCCUGGUUGUAUGGUAGGUUGUCUAAGGUGGACUUCGCUGACAUUGGAGCAACAUAUAACUUGUUUGGCAUCCUGAUGGUCAGGAUAAUUAAAAAACAGAUCCACUGCAAAGAGCUGCUCAGGUUUUAUCUAUUGUUGUUCUGAAUGACAAUAGUUUUGGUUUUACCUCCUCUCCCACAACAGCUUUCUCUGAGCUCUUACUUCCCUGAAAAUGACUCAAAGUUUAAGUUACAGAAAAGUGUCCUGAAAAUAAUGCAUUGCUUUUUGGUGUCUACAGUGUUUGUAUUUUUUCCUGAGGCUUCUCCAACUUCCAAUACUGCUCAGUAUUUGUGAUUAAGAAAGCGGCAUGAAAUCAAGUAAAAGUAGAUAUUCAAAAAUACAAUAGUGUUGUGUUUAAACCUUUAACCUGUUCACAUCAAUUAAAUACCUUGAAAGCCGCAAUACAUUUGAUCUCACUGUUUUAAAUAAAUACAUAUAUCACUGUUAGUAUUUACUCCCAUAUAUUUUUUCACCUAAAUAAAAAACAAGAAAUAUAUUUUCAUAUUUUUUACCUCAA